GUGCCUAAACUACCGCUGACCAUCGAAACUUUGUUGUUGAGUCGAAGAGGGGAAAAAAAGAACGAAAACUCAAACUAAUUCAAAUACACUAAAACCUGUGCGAUUGAACUAGCUAAUUCUGCGAUGUUUGGCGAAAUCGGCAAGCAGAUCUCUAAGCUAACCACUCCAGUGCUGCUUGUAGAUUUGUGCAGAUUUGAACGAAACAUAAGGAAGUUGAUGAAAACGCUAGAAAACAGUGGUGUGAGGGCCCGACCACAUGCAAAGGCGCACAAAUGCCCUGCAAUCGCUCAUAUACAGAUUUCUCAUGGGGCUAAUGGUGUCUGCUGUCAAAAACUUUCCGAAGCUGAGAGCAUGGUUGUAUCAGGUGUCAGGGAUGUGCUGAUAUCUAAUGAGGUUAUUGGAGAAUCCAAGCUUCUUCGCUUAGCCUCCCUUGCAAAACAAGCAAAAGUAUCAGUGUGUGUAGAUGAUGCACAGAAUGUAGAAGAAAUGUCCAAAGUUGCCAGUAUCAUGGGUGCUACUAUAGAUGUGAUUAUUGAGGUGAAUGUUGGUCAGGAACGCUGUGGUGUAGAACCUGGGGAGCAAGUGGUUCAACUUGCAAAACAUAUAUUGGCACUGCCUAAUUUGAACUUCAAGGGGAUACAGACUUAUCAGGGAUGGAACCAGCAUGUGAGGAAGUUUGGAGAUAGAAAAACAGCUGUAGCAAAAGUCUCAGAAAUGGCAAAAGCCACUGUUGAAGCCCUCUCGUCUAAUAACAUCCCAUGUGAGGUUGUGACAGGUGGAGGAACUGGGACCUACACAUUUGAAGCUGCUAGUGGGGUAUUCACAGAAGUCCAACCAGGUUCAUAUGUGUUUAUGGAUGCUGAUUAUGGAAAAAAUCUUGGCGCAGAUGGAAACCUGUUCUCUGAGUUUGAGCAGAGCUUGUAUGUGCUAAGUACAGUCAUCAGUGUAACACCUGGCAAGAGGGCAAUACUAGAUGCAGGGAUGAAAGCUCUCAGCCUUGACUCUGGUCCACCGCUUAUUAAGGACCAUCCCCAGUUAAUUUAUCACAAUGGUGGGGAUGAGCAUGGUAUUGUCAAACCUUCAGGAGAGUUAAAGGUGGGAGACCAGGUCUGGCUUAUUCCUGGUCACUGUGACCCGACUGUCAACAUGCACAACUGGAUGCUUGGUGUUAGGAACGGCAUGGUGGAGACUGCAUGGCCAAUCACCGGCAGAGGACCUGGAAUAUGAUUGGGCAGAACAAUCAUGGGCGUGAACAUGGGCUAGGGAGGUGGGCAUGUGACCCCCUUUGUCCAAGCCUUGCCACACCCCUGAUACUACUCAUAAGAAAUCUCCCUUCUUGGAGAUUAGAAAAAGAAGAUGUUAAAAUGAUAGCAAAGAUUAUCUUAGUAUUUCUUUGUUUUUGAAGUUGUUUGUAAUUUAUUAUCUGUAAUCACUAUUUUAUCCUAAAAAUUGCAAAAUAACUAGCUUGUAUUUCAUCAAAAGAUUUAAAGCAUUCAGCAAUGACAAUGUAGAAUAAUCCAUAUAUGUAAAAUAACUGCUUUACUGUCUCUAGUGCUUGAAAGGCAAUCCUUUGUAAGGUUUUCCUCUAAAAAGGGUUGGAAUGGUCAAUUUAAGAAAUUACAAAAAAAAAAUAAUUUGAGAAUUUGAGAAAGAAAACUUUCUUUUCUAAAACAAGUGAGAUCAGAGACUUUCCAAAUAUGAAAAAAACUUGAACUCUAAUAUCAUAGAACUGGGAGAUGCCAUUAUAAAAUUUAGCAAAAAUCAAUAUUUCUAGGGAGAAUUUGCAAAAAUUAAGAAUUUUAUUUAUUUCUUACACAUCAAAUGCAGAUCACAGUAAAAAAAAAAACAUGUUUACCUAGAUAUGUAAUAGUGUUGUUUCAAAGCAGGCACCUUUAGUAAAAGUGCAAAUUCCCAGGGUAGUGAUUGAAAAUAUUUGCUUAGGACACAACAUCGCACAUUGCCUGGUGCCCCUAUUGCCAAAUCUUCUAGUCGAACUUGAAGGUAUCAAAACAGAUCAGAAAAAAUAUUUGAUGUAAUACUGUUAAGAAUCUUGUUUGAAUAAAGUGAUUUGCCUA